AUGAGUGAUGAGGAAGUUUUUGAUGAUCCUCUACCCAUAAAAAAAGAUCCGUUUUUAUGUUACGUAUGCCAGUUAGAAUUUGAUGAUAAAUUUAGUCUUCAAAAUCAUUUAACUACUCAUGUAAUUGAGAACUCAAUAAGUCAAAAACAAUCGGAGAAUUCUCCCAAAACUGAUGCUCAUAAUUGUGAAAUGUGUAAUGAAUCAUUUUCUGAUAAAAACGAACUCUCUGAGCAUGUGUCAAUGCAUAUGAGACCGUAUAAAUGUGAAUCCUGCCCAAAAGCAUAUAAAACCAAACGUGACCUUAGAAAACACGCAAUAAUUCAUAUCCGUCCUCAUGUGUGUUUAGUUUGUUUUAAAACGUUCUCUUCAAAACGAUACUUGCAUAUUCAUUCAAUGACUCAUACAACAGAUAGGCCAUUUUCGUGUGAUUUGUGCAAAAAGACAUUUAAAUGCACAAUCGAUCUUAGGAAGCAUGCAAGUACUCAUACAAACCGAGGAACCCACGUUUGUGACAUCUGUGGUAAAGCAUACGCUUCAAAAAGAAAUUUGAAAAUACAUUACAUUGAUCAUACGCAAGAGAUGCCAUUUCAAUGUGAAAAAUGUAAGAAGAAAUUUAAAAGAAAAGAUGACCUUAAAAAGCACAGUGCAAGUCACGAAGAUGUAAAGCCUUUUGUUUGUAAUAUUUGCAAUAAGGGAUUUCAUGUCAAAGACUAUCUUAAUCGCCAUCACCUGACCCAUACAAGCGAAAAGCGUUUUGUGUGUGAAAUGUGUAACGAAGGGUUUACCAAACUUAGAUAUCUUAAAAAUCAUUACACAACUCACAUUAUUGAAAAACAUUUUGUGUGUGAAAUUUGCAAAAGAGGAUUUGCCACUGAGAAAUAUCUUCAGAAUCAUAGGCUUAUUCAUACGAAUGAGAGGCUUCAUAUAUGUGAAAUUUGCAAUCAAGGAUUUACGCUGCGAAAGUAUCUUAGGAAUCAUUAUCUGACUCACAGGGAUGGUAAUACACAGACUUGUGAGGAAUGUAAUAAAACUUUUCGCGAUGUGUACUCUCUAAAAAUGCAUUACAAUACUCAUACAAAUGAAAAGCCUUUUGACUGUAAUGUAUGUAAUAAAAAAUUUAAAAUGAAGAAAACUCUAAACAAGCAUAUGCAAGUUUUUCAUGCUGAAGAAGUAGAAAAAGAAAAGUUACUUCAAAUUAUCCCUGCUGUGAUCUAA